CUACUGAUGUAGUACCCUAGCGAAGACAGUUUAUAAUUUCACGAUCCAAUGAUCUUAAAAGCACUUUUGGGUGACAGAUCCGUGAAAUUACAAGUGAUAUCAAACUUGACUCAGGCCCACUACUAUGCUGGAAUUGUGGGUCUUGUGUUACAUAUUUAGGAGCAUGAAAGAGGAUAGAAUGUCAGUGGUCUGUGAGAUCUUUUUUGGACGAAAGAAAUGAAAAUCAGUUUGUGAUUUGGCUUGAAAGUUUAUGUUGCUUCCAUGGGAGUUUGUGCGUGACACCAUACAUCUUGCAUCAUAAUGCCUUGGGGAAGAUCAUGGAUGACAGAUGCAUUGAUUACCGGAGAUCUGGGUUUUGGUGGGAGUCUUCUUGAUUUGUUACUUGUAUGGUCUUGGGAAUCAAGAUGCAGUUCUUGUUUGCGAAGGAUAAUGUAUUACCACAUGGAGAUUUUCAAAAAGGCUGACGUGAUAGUGACUCCUACAACUGGCAUGACAGCACCUAUAAUCCCUCCUAGUGCCCUUAAAUAUGGGGAGACAGAUAUGCGUGUAACAGGUUAUCUCAUGAGUUUCAUUCUUGCAGCAAAUCUUCUUGGCCUACCAGCCAUUACUGUUCCCGUUGGCUAUGAUAAACAAGGACUUCCAAUCGGUUUGCAAAUAAUUGGCCGUCCAUGGGGAGAAGCUUCAAUUCUUCGAUUAGCUUCUGCAGUAGAGGAACUCUGUGCAAUGAAGAAACAACCUGUAUUAUUCUACGAUGUUUUGAAGUCAAAAUAGAACAGCCCAGCUUCCAAGAUUGAAAUCUGAUAUCCUCUUUGCAACAUUGUUUGUGACAUCUCUUUGCCAGUACAAGUAACUCCAAAGUUUCAAGGAUGUCAUGCAGAUUGAUAACUUUUUAUCCCAUCAUCUCUGGUUAAACGCCUUUCUUUUCUGGGAUAAAUUAAUCUUUUCGCAUUGGCUUUGGCUUUUAAUACUUCCAUCUUGGCUUUUCAUUAACUGAAAGUGACUCUCAUUUUGGCAUCUACUCGGUGUCAAAAGAUGCUAUCUAUAUCAUUAACCAUGAUGUGAAUCUUUACUAUAUUAAACAAUCUAAUACCUGCUCAUUCAGAAA